AUGGUCCAGAUGUGGGAGGUGUGGGAUGAGCUCGAGGAAGUUUCAGGCAACACAGCCCCCUUCUUCAACAUGACCUUUGUCUACGUGCCUGAGGACCUGGAGUUGGGCCAGCAAGCUUUCCAGCUGACGGCUAUUGACAUAGACGGGGACCCACUCACCUACAGCAUCAGUGGGCCAGAGGCCUUCUACUUCUCUGUUGAUGCCCAGACAGGCAAUGUGAUGCUGAGGAACUCCUUGGACCGCGAGCUCCAGCCCAAGCUCACCAUCACCGUCGAGGUGUCUGAUGGGGUGAAUGAUGCGGUCUCCAGAAAACUGCCGAUCAUCGUGGAGGACCGUAACGACAAUGCCCCGGUCUUCCAGCACCUGCCGUACGAAACCUCCAUCCCUGAGAACAUGGAACUCGGCAGCAUCAUCUACACCGUGUUUGCCUACGACAGCGACACUGGGAAUGCCUCCAAAGUCAGCUACCGCAUCGAGGAGGUGAUCCCAGACAGCGCAAAGAAUCACUGGCUCUUCUACAUCCUGUCCAACGGGAGCGUGGUGCUCAAUGGCUCGCUGGACUAUGCCAAGAACACCUUCUACCAGCUCAAGAUCCUUGCGGAGGACGGUGGGGGGUUGCUGCACAACGUGUUGACCUUCCAGCAGAGCUCCACCUACCUGUCCCUGACGAUCCGCGACCUGCCCAACCUGGGCCCACGGUUCCUCAACGAGCCCUAUUCCGGCUCUGUGCCUGAGAACUGCGCCCCGGCAUUAGGGCAGCUGCAGAUGUCAGGUCCUGCCCUGAUGGCCAUGUCCCUGCAGGGCACUGCUGUGCUGACUGUCACCGCCAUGGACAGAGACACGGGGGUGAAUGAUGAAAUCUCCUACAACAUCACCAUUGCCAGCUCCCCCUUUGCUAUCAAUGCCACGACGGGCACCAUCACUGUGAGUGGGCUCCUGGACCGUGAGCAGCUGCCAAGCGAGGAGGUGCUGCUGGAAGUCACGGCAUCUGAGGUGAACCUGGACAUUCAUGGCGAGGUGGCCCAGGCCAGCACCCUGGUGACAGUCAUGGUGACAGAUGUCAAUGACAACAAGCCCCAGUUCUACCACUGCUCCCUCUCCACCUGCAACUUCUCCACCAGUGCCCAGAACAACUUCUGGGGCGAAAUCAUAGAGCACUCCUCCUCCAGACUGCCUGUGUCCAACCUCAGCAUCACUGCCCACGACCCAGACAAGAGCAUCAACAGCAGUUUUGAGCUGUACCUGCAGGGUCCAAAUUCCAACGCCUUCACUGUCUCCCCCACAAAGAUCAUUGGCACAGGGGAGGUCCAGCUCCUGGUGAAAGACCCGUCCUCUGUGGACUACGAGAUAAGCCAUGUCAUGGUGGUGCAGAUUGUUGCCAAUGACACAGGGAACCCCACAGACUGCUGCUCCACAGCCACUGUGACCAUCAGCCUCAUUGACAGCAACGACCACAUCCCUGAGUUCCCCCAGAGCACCUACAACCUGAGCGUGAUGGAGAACAGCCCUGCUGGCACCAUCGUCUCCCCAAACAUCACGGCCUACGACCGGGACAGUGGCAUCCUGGGCCAGAUCACCUACCAGCUGCUCCCAGAGAGCAUCCGUAAUAUCUUCAUGGUCAACGCCACGACUGGAGCAGUGCUCGUUCAGAACGGGAGCUUGCUGGACCGGGAGACUCGCUCUAUCUACUAUGCCAACCUCCAGGCCAAGGAUGGGGACAACCUGGUGGGCACCACGGUGCUGGAGAUCACCGUGCUGGAUGACAAUGACAUGGCACCCAUCAUCACUGGCUCUUACUUCAUCUCUGUGGAAGAGGGGCAAAAUGUCAGCACGCAGAUCCAGGCCAUUGACAACGACGAGCCUGGCAACCCCAACAGCAAACUGGGCUUCAAGAUCUUGCCGGGACCGUUCAGCAACAGCUUCACCAUCGACGUGACCACAGGCGAGAUGCACAGCAAGGAGCCGCUGGACCGCGAGGCCUUGGAAGAUGAGCGGGGGCAGAUGGUGGUGGGAGUGGAGGUGUACGACCACGGCGUGCCACAGCUCAGCACCUCGGUGAACGUCACCAUCACUGUGGGGGACAUGAACGACAAUGCACCCAUGUUCCUCAACCAGUCCUAUAAGUUCUCAGUCUUUGAAGACUCUCCAGGGUCCCUCGUGGGUGAGGUGGAGGCCACAGAUGCCGACCGGACAGAGAUCAAUUCCCGCAUUUCCUUCCUACUUCAGAGGGGUGGUGGUUCCAGCAACUUCUUGAUCCGCUCGUCCCACCUGGGGCCAGGGCACUACAGUGGGCAGCUGUCUGUGGACCCCGACACAUCCCUGGACUAUGACACCCUGCAGCAGAAGUUCUUCUCUUUGGUGGUGCUGGCAGAGAACACAGCUGCAGACAAUGUGGGGGACACUGCCAAUGCCUCAGUGGUGGUCCACAUCCUAGACAUCAAUGACGAGCCCCCCACCUUCCUGCCUAACUCGCUACGGGACGUGAACGUGAGCGAGAAUGGCACACAGCAGGGUCUGGUCCACACGCUGGUCGCCUCUGAUCCAGACACCAACCACUCGCUGGUCUUCUGGGAGCUGGCAGUUGCCUGCUUCAAGGGGGCUCGCAGCGCCGGGGAGGUGUGCUGGGACUGGUUCAUACUGGCACCCAACGGCUCAGUGCUGGUGAACAGCUUGGACAUCGACUAUGAGCUGUGCGACACGGUGGUGCUCACGCUGCGGGCUGAAGACCUGUACACUGAGAGGGGCAACCGCUACAGCCAGAACGAAACCCUGAGGAUCCUCAUCAUCGAUGAGAAUGACAACACACGGCUCUUCCUGCCCAUCUUGGAAACCUUUGUGGUUGUCCCUGAAAUCUCUUCUGAGAACCUGCAAGUGGCUACCGUGAAGGCCACAGAUGCUGACUCGGGGCUGAGGGGAACCAUCACCUUCUCCAUUGUCAGUGUGGUGCUCGUGCAGGACAACGGGGUCAGCCAGCCCUUCGAGAAGCUUUUCAAGGUGGUGACAACGCCCGAGCAGGACAGCUACGUCGGGAGCAUCCUGGUGGACAGCAACCUUGAUGUCUCGCUGAAGGGGCAGUACCAGCUGACAGUGGAGGCUCGGGAUGGCGAGGCACCGGUGCACACAGCACAGACUGUGCUGAAUAUCUUCGCAGUAGAUCAGAGCUACCGUGUUCGCCUCCUGUUCGUGGCAACGGUGGAUGAAGUCCAAAGUAACUCCGAAAAAAUCAAAUUGGCCCUGACCACCGCCACCAAGGCAGGGGUCUACGUAGCGGCCAUCCGAAGAGUGGAGGAAACCCGUGCCUCCCAGGUGGAAGCCAAGUCGGCGAUGGAGGUGUACUUCGUGUACAGCAAUGGCACCGCCCUGGACGUCAACCAGCUGAGCGU